CUUGAGUUGCUAUGGUAACAUUGAUAAAUAUAAACUAAGUUAUAGCACUUUUUUUUUUAAUUCUCACUUUAUUUAGUUGUAGUUAUUACCUUGACCAAAAUAGAAAUAUUUUCCUAAAUUAUUGAUCAGUAAAAGUAAAGUAAGGAAAAAGUAGGAUUAAAAAGUUAGUAAGGAGGAAAAAAAAAUCCAGAAUGUAAUUGUCAUAUAUAUCUCAUUUUUAUCGAUCAUGUCUCAAAAAACAAACCUUCCAAAAAGAAAAGUAAAGCAAGAAAAAACAAAAGAUUCUAAAAUUGACAAAGACAGUGAAAACUCAAAGCCUUCUCCUGCUAUUAGGGAAACUAUUAGAAAUGAAAAAUAUCGUAGUGGAAGUUUGAAUAGACAUAUUCCUGCCAAAGCCCAAGAAUCUCCAAGGAAAUCCCAAAGUGUGGACAGAAAUCAGUCAGUGAGAUCAAAAAUAAAUGAUGCAGGAAUUCGAAAAAGUCCACAGCAGAAUGCUUCAAAACCUUCUAAUAAUGCUGCCAGUAAAAAGAAAAAUAUUCGAGAUUCACAGAUAAGUAAUAAUAAAGUGGAAACUAGAUCCAAUCCUAGUACUUCUAAUAGUAAAAAAAGUAUUUCAACUACUUUAAAAAAGAAGAAUUCAGACAAGCCUGUAAAAGUCAAUGAUGGAAAAACCAAUGCUCAAAUAGCGAAAAGCUUUGUAAAAAAUUCUCAAUCAAGAUUAUCCAAAUCAACUAAAUCUUCAAAUGAACAAAAAUCCCUGAAGAAACAAGAAAGCCCCAAACAUGAAAUUUCACAUAGUCCUGAAAGACCAAGGACUAGUACAAUUCGUAAAGGAGUACCUGAAAAUGUGAAUCUACAUAUUAAAGAUGAAAUAGGAUCACCUGUACUGACAUCUAACAGUUCAUUAUCUGGAAGUAAAAAUAGUUUGAAAAUUGAAUCUGAUGAUGAUAAAGCUUCAUAUGAGGAAGAUUUUGAAGAUUAUGAUUCUGACUUUGAAGAAAGUGAUACUGAGUCAAUAUCAGAAUCUGAUACAACAAGUAGCAGUAUGGAAGAGCAAGAGGAAAUCCUCCAGGAUGUUCAGAUUGAAGAAAAUAGCCUUAAAAAUUCUUCUCCACUUGUUGAAUCUACUAAAGUGCCCGACAACUUAAAUAUGCCUGUCAUUAAAGAAAAGAUUAAUUAUUUGAAAAUGAGUGAUCGUUCAUCGCUGCAUUCUGAAAAAUCUAUCAAAGAUCUUCCGGAAAAGAAACCUAUUAAAUUGUCCCGAUCAUUUAUAAAUUUUCAAACUGCAAUCGAGAAAGAAGAGUCAAACUGUACUAAUCAACACUUGAACGAUUCCCUCAGUGAUUUAGAGAAAGCUGAUAUCUCAAAUGAGGAAAUAAAUUUUCCUGUAGUUACAUACACUUCUAUCAACAAGCCUAAUUCAAAACAGGUGUUUGUACAAACUGAGCUUUGUGACGAUGAAGAAGUUCAGACCUGUGAGAUAGAAUUAGUCAAUAAAUGGACACAAUUUCCUACUAAAGGGACUUCUGGAUAUGGAGGCGAUACAAUAUCAUCCAAUGAUGAUAAAGUAGCUGCUUGGAAAUCUUUGUUUAAUGUGCAGUCUACAAAACUUACAAGUUUUCUUCAAAAAAGUAGCAACGUAAUAUUAACACUUUUAGAUGAAGAAUUUACUGCAUUCAAUGAUGAAUUCAAGACGAAAAAGAGACAAGGCCUCUUUUAUAGUGAUGGUUAUUAUGUUCUUUCUCCUUUAAAUUUUUUAUCAGGUGUUCCAGUAAUACAGGUUUACUGUUCUGAAAAUAGUCCAUAUAUUAUCACCAUAUAUGGUAAUAUGAUAGAGUUGCCUUUUGAAAAUGAUACGGUCAUGGAAAAAGGAAUAAUUUGCGUAUGGAAUGCGUUGGACAGUAAGACUCCUGAAUACAUUUUAACUGCAAAUAGUCAACCUUCCUGUGGAACUUUUGGUCCGGGAUUUUCUGAUGUUGUCAUUGCUGGCAUGGUAGAUGGAGCUGUAAUGCUUUGGGAUUUGACUGAAUUGAGUUCAAAUCAUUUUCAAAUGAAGACAGAUGUUCCCAUAAUUUUGCGUUCACCAACUUAUAAUACAGCUCUCAUCCUUGCCACCGAGAGCCAUAGUAGCUGUAUCGCUGCAAUUCAAGCUGUGACCAACAACUCGAAAGAAGACUGGAGAUCAUCAGGAUCUUUGGAAACAGGUAGCAGUAAGAAUUUUCAUGUGAUUACGUUAGAAGAUAUGGGAGUGAUUAAUAUCUGGGUUGUUGUGGAAGUUCUAAAACCGGAUAUUUCUGGUUUGGAAACUGACCUUGGCUUAGCACCAGGAGGAAAGUAUAGGCUAGUUAGGAGUUCACGUAUUCCUUUAUUCAGUCUUGCAACAUUAUCAGUAGGACAAAAAAUGAGCAUUCGGACUUUUGAUUUUAAAUUAGUUCCAUUCGAUACUAGUAGAAUGCUUGUGACUACAGAUGCUGGAAUUAUCCUUCAUGUAACUCGACACAGUGGAAGCAUUGAACCGAGGUUUUAUGCUGCUGAUACAGAAUUCUCUUCUGAAAUACGCUGUAUAGAUUGUUCACCUCAUAAUGAUGAUUUGUUUUUAGUUGGUUCAAGUGAUGGUAGUAUAAGACUAUACAAUACAAAAUUAGUUCGUCCAUUGUUGGAAUUUUCCUUUGGCGCUAAAGGAGAACCCGUGAAUCUUUUGAAAUGGUCAGUUGUACACCCAGCUAUCUUUUGUGUUUUAAGCUCAUCAUCUCAUAUUCACUUUUGGAAUAUCAUGGAGAAUUCUAUCGAGCCUUUUCAGACAUAUCAUUUUGAGGAUUGCAAGGUUACCUGGUUUGCAUUUAGAAAUGUGGACCGAAAUAGAAGACAUGGAACUUCUGAUAAAUUAUCUAAUUUCGUAAUUUCAAAAGAAAAUGGUGAAGUAGAAGUACACAGUUUUCAAGCAAAAAUUACUGAAGAAGAAUAUCUAAAGCAAUUAGAAUAUAUGAAAAAUUUAUAAUCUUUUUUAACAAAAGAAUGAAAAUUUUGUGGUAUAUUCUUUUAAAAGUUGCUGUCUUUGCAAUUGAAUUAUAAAAGUUGUUAGAUUACAAAUAAUUUGCAUCAGUAAUGAACAAUCUGUUUUCUUUUAUGUAAGUACUGAGUUUUCUUCAUUGUACUUUAAAUUUCUUUUUCAUUAUUAUCACAAACAGAAUCUUGUUCCCACCUCUUAUUUUCUUUAGUCUUAAUGUUAGCUACAUAAACACUUUAUAUUAUCAAGACAGUUUCUUGCAAAAGAUCGUGUGAUAUUUUUGUGGAAUUGCUUGAAGUUUGCAAAUAUUGAUAAUGAAAUUAUUCUGUAUGUAAUUCCAGUUAAAUCAGUGUGUGUUUUGUAUUUUCUAUGUAUUUGAAAGAAUGAGAAAUAAUAGCGCAUUUUUUAUCUGAAUAAUUUUUGUAAUGUACCACUAUAGUUUAUUUUUGUAAUGAAGAACAUAAUGAGGAGAAAAUUUGGCAUGAUUAUAUAAUUAUAAAAAGUUUAUGAAUUUUUAUUGCA